GUUCAUGACAGUGAUUCAACGAGGCCUGUGGUAGCAGGGGAACAGGCUAUUCCAGCUUUCGCUGUUGUAGCAGACGAAAACGUCUUGCAACAUCAAGCCCCAUUGGAUCAAUCGCCGGUGCAGCCUAGGGCGCGGCGAGGUCGCAAGCAUCCUCAAUCCAGAGCUGCAGAAUUCGACAAAACACGUACACGCAUUCAGCAGAACAAUUUAUCGGAGAAGACCAGAGAGAUGUAUAUGAAUUACAUGAUACGCUUCAUAGAAUGGUUGUACUCGAAUGAGAUGAUUUCAAAACGAAGAUGCGUGAAGAACAUGACAAAUUCUUGAACGGAUCAGAUGAGGUGACAGAGCCGGCGAUGACAGACGAGGGCUUACCUACUACAUCUUACAUCGAGUCUGUAAUGUCACAGAAGAACAUUCCUCCCGUCUAUUUUGACAAAUUCACGCCAGUCAUGUUUCUUGACUGGGUGACCUUUAAAGUUCAACAAAAUCCAGAUUUGACAUUCCAAACAUGCUCGUCUUACAAGUCAGGAUUGAUGCACAUGCUGAAGAAUUACGGGGUUACACUGAGCAUGGAGGCGCCUGGAUUGAAGCGAGCAUUGAAUCUUUCUCAACUUCCCGAGUCUUGCAACCAAGAUGCAAAAGUGAUAACCGGCAAGGUUCCCAUGUCAUACGUUUUGUAUUCAGUAUUCGCCAAGGUUAUGCUACAGAAACCAGAAAGAGAAUAUGUUUGGGCCAGAACCUUUUUGAUUCUGGCUUGGAAUUUUAUGUCCAGAUCCAGAAACGUAUGCACACUUCUGUACAAUCCCAUGGAAUAUGUCGGGGAUGCCUUGCGAUUCUACGUAAUUCACACGAAAAAUGAUCAGGCUGGUGAGAAACCGCGGGAUCCAAAGCAUGUCUAUAGCAACC